GCAUUUUUCUUUUCUUUCUUCUUAUUCCAGGGCAGAGAGGGCUCUCAGAGCUAAAGCGGAUGAUUUGCAGAGGGACCGCGACGAGCCGAAGCUCUUUACCGUGGCUCUGCUCCUCGCUCGACCAAGAAUCUUGCGCCAUACUCAAAAGAUCUUCCGAUCCGUGGUGUGAGAUUGCAAUUUUAUCUCAACCACCACUGCUGCUCUUCUUGACAGAUUUUACUCUUUCAGCUACGUUUCAGCGAAUUAUGGUCGUACCUUGCCUGGCAUACUUGCUGGCAAAACACACUACCACGAAUGUACCUUUAGAAAAGGUUACAUGGCUUAGUGGGUUAGUAGUGGGUAGGGCUGAUUUGACGGCUUUCGAGAUUGUGGGUGUUGGUGUAGAUUGCAGGAUAUCUGCAUGUCAUCAUACCUUUGCUAAGGCACGACGACGUCAAGUCAAGAUCCAUAUCUGCACAGCAAGUAUCCACCACGUAUCCCAAUUGCCAGAAGGAAAUUACUCGCCAGCAAAGGAAAUAAGAAGAAGAAAAAAAAACACACAUGCAAGGUACGGAGUCAGGUCACCGGAAGGAAAAGAAACCUGGGACUUGGGAUACGUGUACCUCCUCCGACUACUGCAAGAGAUUGAUGAAGAAAGAAUACACAGCUACAUGCAGCAGAUCUCAAGAUCUGUGGAAAUAUUGGUAUGACAGCUGUCUUUGACAAAGCGAC